AUGGCCUUUCAGGACCUUUUUAUUCACAUUGGCAGCCUGGGGAGGUUCCAGUUACUUCAGAUGGCUUUCAUUCUUAUCUGCAAUGGCUUUGUGAUUCCUCACACUCUUUUGGAGAACUUCACUGCAGCCAUACCCAGUCACCGCUGCUGGGUCCCCAUCCUCGACAAUGACACUGUCUCUGACAAUGACAGUGGGAUCCUGAGCCGAGAUGACCUCCUGAGGAUCUCCAUCCCACUGGACUCCAACCUGAGGCCAGACAGGUGCCGUCGCUUCACCCAGCCACAGUGGCAUCUCCUUCAUCUGAAUGGCACCUUCUCCAGUGCGACAGGGCCAGACACAGAGCCCUGUGUGGACGGCUGGGUGUAUGACAGAAGCACCUUCCUCUCCACCACUGUGUCCCAGUGGGACCUGGUAUGUGAAUCUCAGGCACUGAAUUCAGUGGCUAAAUUUACAUUCAUGUCUGGCAUUUUUUUAGGACAUAUCAUAGGUGGCCAUUUAUCAGACAGGUUUGGGAGGAAGCUUGUUUUCACAGGUGCUUUACUGCAGAUGGCCAUCACCGAAACCUGUGCAGCUUUUGCUCCCACCUUCCUCAUCUACUGCUCAUUUCGCUUCCUGGCAGGGAUUUCUUCCUCAUCCAUGAGGACAAACAGUGUUUUGCUCAUAUUAGAAUGGACAAGCCCUAAAUUCCAAGCUUUGGUAAUGGCACUGGCAUUUGCUUCUGGGGGCAUUGGGCAGGUAAUAUUGGGAGGCCUGGCUUUCGUUAUUCGACACUGGCACCACCUCCAGUUGGCAAUGUCUGUACCAAUGUUCUUCUUCCUUAUUCCCACAAGGUGGCUGUCAGAAUCAGCUCGGUGGCUGAUUAUGACCAACAAACCCCAGAAGGGCUUAAAGGAGCUUCAAAAGGCUGCAUGCAGGAAUGGAAUGAAGAAUUCUAGAGAUGUCCUAACCAUGGAGGUUGUGAGGAACGCCAUGGAGGAGGAGCUGGGAGCAGCACAGACAGAACACUCCCUACUGGACUUGUUCCGCUCACCCAACCUGCGUAAGCGGAUCUGCGUCCUGUGCUUUGUGAGAUUUGUGUCAUUGAUACCUGUUUUGGGCCUGCUUGUCCACUUCCAAUACCUGAGCAAUAACGUGUUCCUACUGCAGUGUCUCUACGGUGUGAUAUCCAUUCCAGCUAAUGCUCUUGGAAAUUUCUCAAUGAACCACAUGGGACGCAGAAUAACCCAGCUGAUUUUCAUGCCUCUGUUGGGAAUCUUCAUCCUCUCCACUGUAUUUUUGCCUCAAGAAAUGCAGACCCUGCGUAUAAUUUUGGCAGCACUGGGAGGAGCAAUUUCUUCUGCCUGUAUAACGAGUACUCUUGUGCAUGCAAAUGAGCUAGUCCCCACCGUAAUCAGGGCAACCGGUCUAGGAGUUGUGGGAAUUGCUGGCAGUGCUGGAGCAGCCGUAUCUCCUCUGUUUAUGAUCCUCACCAUAUACUCUGAUUCCUUGCCCUGGAUCAUCUAUGGAGUCUUCCCCAUCAUUGGUGGCCUCAUUGCUCUUCUCCUUCCUGAGACCAAAAAUCAGCCCCUGCCUGACUCCAUCCAAGAUGUGGAAAAUGACUGGAAAAGUUCAAGAAAGGCAAAGAAGGAUGCUGUCACCAAAGUGACACCAUUUUAAAGGAUUCCACCAAUUGACCUCUGAUCAAGGAGAAAAACAAAGAAAAAAUCAUUCAGGAUACAGCGCCCCAGGAUUGUUCGUAAAUGUUAUCAAAAUUUUCCAUAUAAACCAUAUGUAUAAGUAGUGAGUUAAAUUAAAAUUAUACCAGUUUACCAUAUAUAAAAUAGCUAUAAUAAAUCACAGCAAUAAAUCUGCAGAAAAAAACCAUAAUAUAUUGAAGAAACCCUGGCCCAAAACUUCUGUAAUCAGUGAUAGCAGUCAAGUUUCUGGAUAGAAUGUGGAUUCAUGACAGUUUCAUGGAUUGAAACCUUCCCUCUAUGUCUUGGAGUCUAAGGGUGGGGUGGGUACCUUAUGAGACUCACUAGGUAAACAAAGGUUGCAUGCCUGGUAAAACCCAAAUUUGAAGAUUCUGGAAGAUCUUUCCCUAGCUUUAUGAAAGAAGUGAACCACAUUGUGGGAGGAAACUGAGCAGUCAAGCUUCAAAGGAGGGAUUAUUUAACUGUUGAGCUGUGCACAAGCUGUGCAGAAAGCCCCAACAAUUUUCAUAAGGUGUUGGGGGCUUUUAGUGGUAUAGCUUCUCUUUUGAGUCAUCCUUGCCCCCCAAGUAAUCCUUCAUUCAAAUUCCUGUUAUUAGCCCCAAGAAAAUUCACUGGUUCACCAAUCUUUGAUACACUACUUUGUUUGGGUUCCUUUCUGGGGUGAGUGCACUGUGAGUGCUAUGUCUUCCCAAGAAAAGUCAGUCAUCUUCCCAUUGCUGUAAUGAGAUAUCUGAGAAAAUUAACCUAAAGAAGAAAGAUUUGUGGGGGUUCCAAUAUCAUUGGCUUCCUUUCCAUGGCCAUUCUAGUCCACUUCUUCAGUGCCUGUGUGAGAUAGCACCCAAUGGGAGAGUGUGUGCUGAAGGGAAGCUGCCCAUUUCACGGCAGCUGAGAAGACAAGUGUGUGGAGAGAGACAGACAGGAACCGGGAGACAGAGAAAUACAGAGAGAGUCAGAGUCAGAGAGACAGAGAGACAGAGAAGGGGAGAGGAGAGGAAGAGAAGCAGAAAAGAGAUAAGAAGUGAGGUAAGUCCAUAAACAAAACACUCUUCAAAUAAUUAAGUUAUUAUUAAUUAUUCAAAUAAUUAUUAUUAAUCCACUGCCUCCAUGAAGGAGCCUCCUGAAAAUUAUCAUUUCUUUUGAAAUAAUACUGUAGUAGCUUGGCCCCCAUAAGCUCAGGAAAUGGCACUAUUAGGAGGUGUGGCCUUGUUGGAGGAAGUGUGGUCUUGUUGGAGGGCGCUGGAUGACACAUAUCUUUAACCCAUAUCUUGAGGCUGGAGGAUACCUUCAUUUUGGGUCACAACUUCUAUUGGAAGUAUGUCAC